CAGGGCUGGGGCUGACAGCGGGCAAGAUGGAGGCAAAUUUGGAGCAGCAUUUGGAAGACACAAUGAAGAAUCCAUCCAUUGUUGGAGUCCUGUGCACAGACUCACAAGGACUUAAUCUGGGCUGCCAUGGUACCCUAUCGGAUGAGCAUGCUGGAGUGAUACCUGUUCUAGCCCAGCAGGCAGCUAGGCUAACCUCUGACCCCACUGACAUCUCUGUGGUAUGCUUAGAAUCAGACAAUGGUAACAUGAUCCAGAAACACAAUGGCAUCACAGUGGCAGUGCACAAAAUGGCCGCUUGACAUCUCAUGUCAGCCUGUCACAGGGAUUCACUCCUACCUGUGUCACCUAACUUGUAAAACUAUUAAAGCUCCAGAAGUUAGAUCAUUCAAAAAAUAAAAUAAAAUAAGCUAUCCAUAGCUCCUCUCAUUGUAAAGUCCAGAUUUCUUCUCACGGUCUACACUGUCCAGUGGGACUGGCCUGCUACCUGUCUGGGCUCAUCCCCUUCUGCCUUCCCCUUGUCCCCUGUGUUCUGACCUUCAUGUUCUUGUGUGAACAGUCUGGAAAUGUUCCUGCCACUGAGCCUUUCUCCUCGCCAUUCUUUCUGUCUAAGACAGGCACACAGACAUGAGCAUUCUCUCCCUUACUUCGUUUGUGUGUUUUCAAAUGCUACUGUACUAUGGGGCUUUUUCUGUC